UCUAGCCCAACUCAAUCCCGUCGCAUUGCGCAAACUUCUAGGCUUCGAAGCCAGCACCCGAACCGCGCGCCAGUCCGCGGCGCUUUCCUCCGUAGUCAGGUCGCAAUGUGGCUAUUCGAGACUGACGGCAAUGUCUUCGAAGGGCGACGGCUUUGGCUCCGGCCAGGCAAACGAUAUCUCUUCGGCCGAACGGACUCGGAACCCGGACAACUGGCCAUCUCUCACAAGACCAUCUCGCGCAAACAUCUGACCAUCGAGGUCGACAAUGUAUCCGAUGGCGACAGCCAACACCUCUCCCGUCGAUCGACCGUCACAAUCGAAGACUUGGGCACCAAGACUGGGACGACCGUAGACGGACAUAAAUACAAGGGCGAGAAGCAUGUCGUGGCCGCAGCUUCGGCAGAGAUUAAGAUGGGUGGCUGCCCUGACUUGUUCCGCUUGACCUGGCAACCUGUGGCGCUCACGUUCAGCUUCUCGAGCCGAGAAAUGCAGUCCGACCCCUUUUCGCGACUGCGUGUCGACCUUGAGCAGCUUGACGUGAAGUUGUUGGCGGAUUACAACAUUCAGCAUACGACACAUGUUGUCACAAAGAAGCGCAACACUUCCAAGGGAUUGCAGGCGCUGAUCAACGGAAGGUACAUUGUUGCAGACUCCUUCGUGGAUGCCAUUGUUGCCGCCGCGACACCCCCAGAAGAUGACGAUAUCACUGCCUCCUCUGCUUUGGAAACGGACUUUGAUGGCAAUUGGCCAGAUCCGUUGAAACAUCUGCCUCCUCGCGGUGGGGAGCCUGUCGAAAGGCCCCCAUCCGCAUAUGCGCCAGACGAGGCCCGCUUGGAAAUCUUUGAGGGGUACACCUUUAUUUUCUACGACAAGGGGCAGUUUGACAAUCUUCUGGCGCCUAUCACCAACGGCAAGGGCAAGGCUCUAUACACAAAGGUUGAUCCAAAGUCAACAACAGUAGACGAUUUUGUUCUCUACGUUAAAACGGAAGCUGGCGAGAAAGGCCUCGGUUCAUUCGACGACGGUAGCGAAGGGCGAGGUGUCGUAGUUGUCCGCUUCGUACCGAACAAAGGCGACGCUGUUGACUGGUAUGCCGACUUUUUCACCCAGGUCUCUCUUCGACUUGAUCAUAGACCCAUCGAACAAAACGAGUUCCUCGAGGCCAUCCUCAUCAAAGAUGCCAGCAUAUUGCGCCGGCCUUUGGAGAUGGACCCGACGCAGGGUCCGGCAAGCACAGCACCGCAAGAAGAGGUGGCAAGAGUUGACUCCAAUUCAAUGGAUAUAGAUCAGCCGGCUACGUCACAGAAUACGCUUCAAGAGUCUGCGCCCAAGCCUAAGCCUGCUGCUACCAGAAAUCGGGUGCGAAGGGCACCGACGAGACGCUUUGCUGGAUUUGACGCGGAUGAUGACGAUGACGACGCCUUCGCCCCUCCCGUGGCCGAGAGCAAAUCGGUCGAGGCCGACGCUGAGGACGAGGGAUUAUUCGUGUCUCAAGACGCACAUGCACCAAACGAGGUAGCCGAUCCAUCGCCAGAUACGAACAGACGAUCCCAAAGGAAACGCCCUGCAACACAGGACGAUGACAUUGAGGAUAUUAUCCCGACAGCUGCCGCAGUCAAAAGGCGAAGGAUCGCCGCCGGAGAAGAGCCUGUCCCGCGAAACGAAUCACCCGAGCCCGCGGAACCGGAGCCAAAGCCCGCUCCCAAGGUCAAGAAGGUGAAGAAGGAGAUUGACGUUCUAGACGUUGCCCGUCAGCAGAGAGAAGCGAUGGAGGCUCGCCUCAAGGCAGAGAAGGAAGAUUUAGCCAAUUUGCCUGACGAUGUUGACCUGGAGCAAAUCCGCCGGUUGCAUAUCGUCGAGGAGAUGCCUCUACGGCAACCACCAGCCAACAGAAGUCACGAUAAAGACGAUGAGAAUGGCAGGUGGGAUCCACGGUGGAACGGGAGGAAGAACUUCAAGCGCUUCAAGCCGCGAGGUGAACUCACGGGGCGGCCACCUCAAAAGGUCAUUGUGUCCCUGACGCAAGUCAAGCCCAAGGAUUUUGGCAUAGGAGAUGAUUACUGGCUAGAGGACGACACUCAGCGCAAGAAGAAGGGCAACGAGAGCCAGAAGAGCGGCACAGCCCAGGACGAGCCCGCUCCCCCGCCACCACCGCCGCCUGCAUCCCGGCCGGCAUCGCGACAACACCGUGUAGUCCUAAGCGAUGACAGUGAAGAUGACGAUAUACCCGAUACCCAAGCUGAGCCCGCACCACAGCCAGAGCCAGAGCCCGAACCUGAAUCAACGCCGGCGUCACGGUCGAGGAGUACGCGCGCGACGACAACGACGCAGUCACAGAAUACCACGCAGAGCCAGUCGACGAGACAGACUCGCGGGAAGAGGGCCGCGCCGGAACCUGCCAAGGAGCCGCCGGCGAAGAAGCCGAGAGCCGCGCGGAAAGUUAUUGAAGUUGCGGAUAGUGACGACAGCGAAGAUGAGCUCAAGUUCAAGUUUGGCCGGCGGCGUUGACGGGGCACAGGGAGGGAGUGGUAAUGAUGAUGUAUGACUUGCAUUCGCGACGGGCGCUGCUUCUAUUGUUAGGGGUAUCUCUCUAUCCGUAUUCUGCAUGCAGGCUCGACCUGUUGAAAUACAGGCGUCUACUGCCGCAUCUUGCUUAUAUGUGCCUCUCGGUGCCAUUGCUUAUGUGAAAUUGAAAACCAUACCAUGUACAUCAGUCCAUCUCGUCCAUCGCGCUCGGCUUCGAGCCCUCUUCCUCAUCCACCAACAACCCCACGAGACACGCGGAGAGCAUGGUCUCGUAGUUCACCCAGGGGUGAAUCUCCCCAAACAACUUCGUCCCAUCACGCCCCGCGCCGCGCAGUAACUCGGGCUCGCCAGCCGGGUGGUACGGUAGAUACGGCGUAAUGUUAUACACUCUCCCACCCAACGCCAUCCACGCAUCCUUGCCCUUCCUGCCCGUCAUCUUUUUCAACAUCGAGGGCGUGACUUUGAGGUAGGGCGUCGAGGGCGGUAGGUUGCGCAAGUCUGCGUUGGGGCCUGAGAUGCGCGCCCAGUCGAGCGGGGAGUGACCCGGCGUAAGGAUGACUUUGCGCGUUGGUUUCGGAGCCUUUGCGGAGUGGGUUGGCGGCGGCGCGAGGGAGGAGCCGAGGGAAGAACUUCCGGGUGCCGGACCGCGGUUCGGUACGGGGCCGCGGGCGCGUUGGGGGGAGUUCACUGCUGGGAAGGCGGCUAGGCGGGGAGGGACUGGGCCGCGGGGUGUUGGGGCUGGUGGCGGCAUCAUGUUGGUUGAGGUCGUUGAUGGCGGAGGAGGGGGCGGCAUGCUUCCUUUGCCGAGAGAGGAUCCUGAUGGCGAAGAGAGCGAUGCGCCAAGGGAGGGCGGUGCCAUUGCCUUUGAGGGUUCUUCGAGAGUGAACGAGGGUACGGAAGCGGUAGGAGCGGCUGGGGUUGCCUUUGGUGUUGUUUGUUCUUCGGCUUCUGGCUCGGUUACCGUGGGCGGCGCGGGAGUGGAAGGGCUCGGGGAGGAGCGGCGGAUGACUGGCGGAGGAGGAGGAGGCAUAGAGACGGCGGUCGCGGUGUUGCGCGGUGCCGGUGCGGGUGCGGCGACGGGGUCAUCAGGGAGGUUGAGCGUUGGCGGGGGAGGGGUAUCGCGCGGCUGUUCCUUGGUGGAGGGCUCGGGGGCGUGCCCGUUCGUGGUGGUUGUCGAUGAGGCCGUCGUCUUUGACUCAUGUUGGUCGCUUGGCGGUGGAGGAGAAGAGGACUUUGACCGCGAGGAAGGCGGUAGGAGCUUUGUGUCGUUUCGCCAGGCGAGGAGGAAGGGCGGCAUGAAGGGGUGUAUCCAUGGCGGAGGGGCGACGAUGACCCAGACGAAGGAGGCGAGAAUGAGAGAGACGCCGAUAUAGCCCAUGAUUACAACCCGGUGAUGGGCCGUUGGCCACGACGGGGGUGAUGGGUUGGGAAAAGAGAGGUUGAAAGAAAGGAGAAGGUAGCGAACGUUGAAGCGUAGUUGAGGUUGCAGCUGAAUGCUAUGGGAAGCUGCGGUUGUGGUUGUGUCUCUUUCGCUUGAGGUUCUGCGCAAGAUGGGAAAUCUUUGUCAGCUUGCAGCGGGUGCAACAUUGACUUGGGCUUUCCGAGGCCGCUGAGUGGUGCAAGCUUUAGCUCGCGGGCUGCUAAGCGACAAGGGGAGCACGGGGUUCACUGGCGGGGUUCGAGUCUUUCCAGGCUGUUCAGUAGUAUGACGCGCUACGGGUACAGUAGUGAAGAGGUGCGCUAUUCAGGUGCAGGCUGCAAGAGGGAAAAGAGGAUGAUGAGGUAAGCGGUGCAGAAAGGGUACGUACUCGACGCUAAGGUGAUUUGAGCCGGGCAACCAGCCAGACCCCCGGGACACGGGCUGACGGGUAGAAAGAAAAAAAGAAAAUAAACGAGAUGGAACCACCCGGACCCCGACGCCAACCAAAACAAAAAUAACAAGACACCCAUACCACCACACCAAGAGCCUACGGAGUAGAGGAGAGGGGAGGAGAAAAAAGGGAAAAAAGCAUAGAAGAUCGAAAGGUGACAUGUCACCGCCGCCGGGUCCCGCUAACCACUCACCAUUUGCAGACUAGGGGAACUUACUGGCCGCCCCUCCACGCCUUGCCCUGCCUGUUGCUCGAAUCCUCACCGAUCACAACCUACAGGGACUGGGUGCCGAGGCAGACAAGGCAGGGUUGGUGGAGUUUGAUGGUCGUCUUUUGUGCAGGAUGCCGUUGUGUUGAAGCCGCAACGCAUGAAUAAACAAAUGCCAAUCGAGAUGAAUGAUGGGGAAGGAUGGCGAUAGGAGG